AGAUCAGUGUCGCAGCUUUCUCCUCUAUUAGCAGAAAUUCUUAAACGAAACUAAUGUUUCACGAUUUCUAAGAACUCUAAUUUAGCCCAUAUCCAAGUGACUUAUUGAACACAUUCUUAAUAAACGCAUCGAGAAGGCAGAGAGAUCAGUCUCCAUAUUUAUAUCACUGUACGGUUUUGUAGGAAAGUAUCGCCAUGUUCUGGCCGUAAUUGACUUUAUUGAACCACCUCCUCUACUCAAGAACACUCGAAAUCGCGAAUAAUGGCAGAAGAUUUCAUGUUUUCAAAUUGAACUGCCAAUAAUCGUACGGCAUGCACGACGGACUAUAUUUUUAUUGGAAUGGUAGCUCGGACAUGCGCAAUGACAUCAUUCAAGAGAUAGAUAUAAGCUUCUCAGGGCAAGUGAGGCAGUCUACUUCCUGUCUAUUGCGAGUGGUGGCUGAUGUCUUUCACAUGCGCCAAAAAUGGUGAAGACAGGCGCGAAAUGGGGCGAAACUAGACCAUAUAUUUGUGCGAAUCAUGACAGAGGCAUAUGAAGAUGGGAACUAUCUUGUUCGAGUUCGGGCUCAGGUGAUGAUGCGUGACGACAGCACGGGUGGCUGGGUCCCCAUGGGUGGAGGGGGCCUUUCCAACGUGUCUGUACGAAAACGGGCACUUCCUUGUGAAGUCGACGAGGGCAAACAUGAAUACCUGAUAUUUGGCAAAAGGAUAUCAGAUCAGUCGGUUGUGUUGAGCUGUACAAUUAAGAAGGAUUUUGAGUAUAACAAAGUAAUGCCCACAUUCCAUCACUGGAAAACCGGAGACAAGAAAUUUGGCUUGACGUUUCAAACUGCAGCUGAUGCUCGUGCAUUUGACAAAGGAGUUCGGACUGCUGUUGAAGAAUUGUUGGAUGGCCUCACGGAAACGGCUCCUUUGCAAAAAUACAAUCCAGAUGUUGGUGAUGAUGAUGUCUUUAUGACACUUAACUUGCCAGUGGAUCGAGGAGACUCACGUUCUUCCUCAGAUUCUUCCCAUGGUGGAGGCGGGCCUAGCAUCAAACACACCACUCCUCCAACUGAACCACAUCAUCUUCAUCGAAUUCAUUACAUCCCUCGCCGUGACAAGAUAGGGUCAGAUCCAGAUCCUAGUCCUGAUGGCAAGAAAGAAGUCGCUGAAAAAGAAAACUACUCGUAUGUGCAGCUUAUGGAUAGUUUUCACGACUACAUUUAUCCUGUGGUAGAUGAUCAGAAGCCAGGUCGUCGCGACUCAUCAGGAAGCCUCAAAAAGCGCAGCCUGGAACUCAUACCAACUCAACCUCCACUUCCUGGAAAACCCACCAAGAAGAAGGAUCGGCAUAAACCAGCCUGCAGAAAUCGCUGUCGUCACUGUCAGGAGUUAUAUGCAGAGGAAAGCAAUACCCGAGGCAGCUGUGAAUAUGCACCAGAUUGCGUCCGCACAGGGAUCAACACGGUAGCAUGCAUCUCGUGUGCUGAAUGUAUGAUGUACCAUUGCAUGGCAGAUGCAGAAGGCGACUACGUGCAGCAUCCAUGUGAGUGCACACCAGUUGAUGAUAGUUGUGGCCGGCGUUGGGUAGGCCUAACGUUGCUAUCUCUUUUGGUACCGUGCUUGUGGUGCUAUCCACCAUUGAAGGCUUGUCACUGGUGCGGGGUGAACUGUGGUGUGUGUGGAGGUCGCCACCGGCCCUCCUAGCGCGUUCUGCUGGAGGCUGGUCCGCCUAGAGAAUUAUUCAGAGUACUUGCAGCUUGCCUGACCUGCCUGCAAUAUUUCUUUUUUUUUUAAAUAUUUUUUUAAUGUGAGGAUUGAAUUUAUUCUUAUUCCUCAUACGUAUCAUUCGUCCCUCUCCUCUUCCUACCUCCUUCCUUUUCCAAGAAGUAUAUUAAUCUGCUGUUGUACCAUCAGAUGUAUUGUUGCCUUACAUAAGUAAAGAGAUGGCUGAUUCGCUUUUCCAAAGAAGAAAAAAAAUGGUUACAAUAAAACACCUACAUCUUUUUCUUACAUUUUGAAACCUCGUAUAAAUGCAAUGUAAAAUUGUCUCAAAGAUUUAAUUCUAUGAUACUGUUAACCGUCGUUUGUCAUUUUAUACUGUGAAAUAACGGCAUCUAUAUUGUGUAUAGAGAUGAUAAGAGUACAUAAGAGUUUACUAUGGAUAUGUGAUGGAAUAUGUGAAUAUAAUGCAAUAAACCAAGAGGGUUGGCCCAGGACAGAGGUAGAACCGAGGCAGCCAGAAAGAAAUCCAGUGCUAUCCUGAGUUGCCCGAAGGCUCCGUUUUCCUCCAAGGGGCUCGGUGGAGGACGGGGUUCUUUGUGGCCCUGGAUGCAAAGAGUUCUGUAGGAAUAUGUAUAUAUGUGCUGAGAUUGAAGCAGACCUGUUGUUUAGUGUGUAAAUGUAAAUGAUCUUAUGUCUCCUGUUGCCACAACUGCCACAUUGUCACUGACAUGAAACAAUCGUGAGGAAAGCACAAGUUUUGGACCUACACUAGUGUGCUUUUGGACGUCAACUUGCCAAGCAUACAGCUGUUGGUGCGUAAAGUGUCAAUGAAAAUAAUGUAGUCAACGAAAAAUUAUGUAUGUACUAAUGCCAUUAUGUGAUUAUAUAUAUAUAAAAGGGCAUUUUUAUUUUGAAUGCCAUGUUUUGUUCUGUGUAUUAGGUUGCAUUUUUAUGUAACUUUUAGUAGCUUAUCCAUUGAGAAAAAAUGGGAAGUAUCUCUUUUAUUUUAAUAUGCCUCUUCUUACCAUUGUUUAUACUGUAUGAAUUUGAUAUUAUACACAGCAGACAUAGUAUUUUAUUUGAUAUAUUGGUUAAAUUAAAUAUUUUUAUAAAAACAAUUGAUACCUUUUGUGCUGGAUGAUUUUUGAAAACAGUCUUUGUCUUGUGUAGUAAACAUGUUGGUAAUCUCAUUUAAAAUAUACUCAAAGAAUUUGCGUGUGCAAGUAUGUGAAGAGUGUGAUUGUGCACUUACGAUGAUCACAGAUUGUCGUGUGAAUUAUUUAUUGACACACAAAUGUGCAUUAGGGUAAAUGGACCUAAAAGAAAACCUGUUCAUGUCAUGUAUUGUACAGAAUACAGUAUUUCCUUGUAAAUUGUAUGCAGAUAGAUAUAUCCUCAACCAUGAGAAUAGGUGUUUCAAUUCAUCUCCCUGUGAAUGAAGGGAAAAUUCUGUAGUGCAUACAGUACAUUUGUGAUGUGUGUGUCGUUUAUACUGGUAUGUGAUGUAAAUGUAACAUAUAAUGAAGUUAUUCUGUAAAAUAUGUUGGUCUUAUUGAUUUCAAUUCUUUUAAUUUUCCUCAAAAUGACUUUCCAUCAAUUUGUGCUUAUUGGAUCAAACAUCUGAAAUAUGUUUGCAAGUUUGACUAAUUAUGUUAACUAGCUCAAAAAUAGUUUCUGAACCAAUAUCCAGGUAUUUUCGAGUAAGGGUGAUCCAAAAUUCAUUUUCAGGGAAAUAAAUCCUUUUUAAAUUUUUUUUAAUUAAUUAAUUUAUUUAUUUAAGAAUGUUUAUUUUAAUUAUAUUUGUUAAGGCUGAUCUGUUUUAUUUUUGUUGAGUUAUCAAGGCAUCUUAAUUCCGAUUUUCUGGAAGCUUUAUAUCCACUGAUAUUGAGCACUAACCUAGUCUCAGAAAGAAUAAAGUUCAUUGUAUUUAUUGG